AUGAGAGAAAUUUUGCACAUUCAAGGGGGCCAAUGUGGCAACCAAAUCGGCUCCAAAUUCUGGGAGGUGAUAUGCGGCGAGCAUGCCAUCGACGGCAUUGGGAAAUACAGCGGCGACUCCGAUCUCCAGCUUGAGAGGAUCAACGUUUAUUUCAACGAGGCCAGUGGCGGGAGGUACGUCCCACGCUCCGUGCUCAUGGACCUCGAGCCGGGAACCAUGGACUCGGUCAGGUCCGGCCCCUUUGGCCAGCUUUUCCGCCCGGAUAACUUUGUGUUUGGCCAGUCCGGGGCCGGGAAUAACUGGGCCAAGGGGCAUUACACGGAGGGCGCGGAGUUGAUCGAUUCCGUGCUUGAUGUUGUUCGUAAGGAAGCUGAGAAUUGUGAUUGUUUGCAAGGAUUUCAAGUGUGCCAUUCUCUGGGCGGAGGCACCGGGUCCGGCAUGGGCACCCUUCUGAUUUCCAAGAUCGGGGAGGAGUAUCCAGACCGUAUGAUGCUCACAUUUUCGGUCUUCCCUUCUCCUAAGGUCUCCGACACCGUCGUUGAGCCCUACAACGCCACUCUCUCCGUGCACCAACUCGUUGAGAACGCCGACGAGUGUAUGGUACUUGACAACGAGGCUCUCUACGACAUCUGCUUCCGCACGCUCAAGCUCUCCACCCCUACAUUUGGUGAUCUGAACCACUUGAUCUCCGCGACAAUGAGUGGCAUCACGUGCUGUCUCCGUUUCCCGGGACAGCUCAACUCCGACCUCAGGAAGCUCGCGGUGAACCUCAUCCCAUUCCCGCGCCUCCAUUUCUUCAUGGUGGGGUUUGCACCCUUGACCUCGAGGGGGUCCCAGCAGUACCGGGCCCUCUCCGUCCCAGAGCUGACUCAGCAGAUGUGGGACGCCAAGAACAUGAUGUGCGCGGCGGACCCGCGCCAUGGGCGCUACCUGACGGCCUCGGCCAUGUUCCGGGGCAAGAUGAGCACGAAAGAGGUGGAUGAGCAGAUGAUCAACGUGCAGAACAAGAACUCGUCCUACUUCGUGGAGUGGAUCCCGAACAACGUGAAGUCGAGCGUGUGCGACAUCCCGCCCAAGGGCCUGAACAUGUCGUCUACGUUCAUAGGGAACUCGACGUCGAUCCAGGAGAUGUUCAGGCGCGUGAGCGAGCAGUUCACGGCCAUGUUCCGGCGCAAGGCUUUCUUGCAUUGGUACACGGGCGAGGGGAUGGAUGAGAUGGAGUUCACCGAGGCCGAGAGCAACAUGAACGACCUCGUGGCCGAGUACCAGCAGUACCAGGACGCGGCAGCCGAGGAGGGCUAUGAGGAGGACGAGGACGGGGACGAGGACGAGGACGACGGGGCAUGAAGAUUUUUGUGUGGAUCAAUCUCAUGGUGUGUGUUAAAUGUUAAUGGUUGUUGUUGUAUUUUUUCUAUUGUGUGAUUUGAGUUAAUGUGAUGUUUGUAUCUAAUAAAUGGUUAUUAUCAUGGUUGGAGGCUAUGAACUCCUCUUUUAAUUAAGCUAA